AUGUUGCUAGCCAAAGGUGGUGAAGACCCAUCUAGAGAGAGGGUUGUAAAGAGUGGUGAGUAUAAGUGCAAGACUUGUAAUAAGCAAUUCCUUUCGUUUCAAGCCCUUGGCGGCCACCGAGCUAGCCACAAGAAGCUGAAACGUAUGACUCCAAACCUUUCGUGUUCGACCGUGACACCGAAGUUGCACCAAUGCUCAAUCUGUGGGCUCGUGUUUGAUAUUGGACAAGCGUUGGGAGGGCACAUGAGAAAGCAUAGAGUUUCUUCAAAUGAUACCUUGCAAAUUCAUGACCAAGAUGUGCCACAAUCUAAUGGCACCAAAAGGCUUCGCUUGUGGUUCGACUUGAACUUGACACCGUACGAGAAUGAUCUGAAACAAAAUUUAAUAACACCCGAUUUACAUUUGUUCAUUUGA